AUGAGGGCUACCCGGGUUGUAAAUCAGCCAUUACCUUCGGAGGAAGAGAUGAAGGAAGCUUCACAGAGAAGCGCCCUAGUCGUUUUGGAUCCUAAGGAAACUGUUCAAACAGAAUCCUAUGAAAAACCUAUCAGGGUUGCUUUGGAGGAGGUGGAAGCAAAGAAGCUACCUAAAAUGGCUGAGGAGAAGAACGAGGAGAAGAGAGCCGAAGGUGAUGAAGAAGCCCAACCAAGGAAGGAAAAGAAAGAAAAAAAAUCGAGUGAGAAGAAGGAACGCAGGCGAGAAGGAAAGCGCCUGAAGAAGAAGGAAGAAAAGAGAAAGAGGGCUGAGAGCCCAGAAGUCGACGAAGAAUCAACCACCGCAAAGGUGGAUGAGGGGAUGUCAACGCAACAAAGAGAAUCAGCGCAACCUAAAAAGGAAUCAACGCAAAUAAGAAUGGUUAUGACUGACGAUGGAGAGGAUCCAGACAUCACCCCUCUUAUGCGGCUUCGCAAGGAGAAUGCGCCGUAG